GGGGAGGCGGAGGGGGAGGAGGCGGCCGGGUUGCGGGAUUGGGUCACGGGGAGGCUGCCGGGCCCCGGCGGCAGCGCCGCUAAUUCCCAGGCCGCCCUUAAGGAAUGAGGCGCCCCACGUGACGCUGGCGGGGCGGGCGAACUCCGAGCCAUUUUGGGGACGGUGUCAGUUUCCACUGUGUGCCUUCAGCGUUGCAUUCUUCCCUCCUCCGCCCUCCUCCCGCCCGCCCGCCCGCCCGCCCUCCUUCCCUCCCCGGGUCCCCGCCACCAACUAUGAAAUAACAACAACAAUAAUACUCGUAAUAAUAACAAUAAUAAUAAAAGAAGGAACGCGAGCGAGGCCGCGAGGCGGAGCGGGGGGCAGAGGGAGAGACAAUGGGCUGGUGGAGAGAGGACCCAUCCGGACCGGGGAGACUGUGCGCUCCCAGCGCCUGAGCCGCCCGGGCGGCCAACUCGGAGGGAGCGAGAGAGCGAGGGAGCGAGCGAGAAGGGCCCGCGAGGAGCGGCGGAGACCCGGGCGUUCUGUAACUAAAAUGAGCGGAGCGCAGCGGCGGCGGCGGCAAUAAGCUUAUUGCAAUUGACAGCGUCUGCAGUUCAUUUCAAGAUGGCCGCUUGGCUCACAUUCAUUUUCUGCUGAACGACUUUUAACUUUCAUUGUCUUUUUUGGCCGCUCCGAUCAUCACCCACCGGCUCCGUUUUCCGGAGCCGCUGCUCGCCACGCCAAAAUGCACCGAACAACCAGAAUCAAAAUAACCGAGCUAAACCCCCAUCUCAUGUGCGUGCUCUGCGGCGGGUACUUCAUUGAUGCAACAACCAUCAUAGAGUGCCUCCACUCCUUCUGUAAGACCUGUAUCGUGCGUUACUUGGAGACCAGCAAGUAUUGUCCUAUCUGUGAUGUCCAAGUUCACAAAACUCGACCGCUUUUGAAUAUAAGGUCAGAUAAAACUCUCCAAGAUAUUGUAUACAAGCUAGUACCAGGCCUUUUCAAAAAUGAAAUGAAAAGAAGAAGGGAUUUUUAUGCUGCUCAUCCGUCGGCUGAUGCUGCCAAUGGCUCUAAUGAAGACAGGGGAGAAGUGGCUGACGAAGACAAAAGAAUUAUAACAGACGACGAGAUAAUAAGCUUAUCCAUUGAAUUCUUUGACCAGAAUAGACUGGAACGAAAAGGAAAUAAGGAGAAAGAAAAAUCAAAGGAAGAGGUGAAUGACAAAAGAUACUUGCGCUGCCCAGCAGCAAUGACAGUGAUGCAUCUAAGAAAGUUCCUGCGGAGUAAAAUGGAUAUACCUAACACUUUCCAGAUCGAUGUGAUGUAUGAAGAGGAGCCUCUGAAGGACUACUACACCCUAAUGGAUAUUGCCUACAUCUAUACCUGGAGGCGGAAUGGGCCUCUGCCCCUGAAAUAUCGGGUCCGACCUACUUGCAAGAGGAUGAAGAUCAGUCACCAGAGAGAAGGCUUGAAUAACAGUGGGGAGCUGGAAAGUGACUCUGGGAGCGACAAGGCGAGCAGCCCAGCAGGAGGCAUCCCCUCCACCUCCUCCUGUUUGCCCAGCCCCAGCACCCCGGUCCAGUCUCCUCACCCCCAGUUCCCUCACAUCUCCAGCACCAUGAAUGGCACCAGCAGCAGCCCCAGCAGUAACCACCAGUCCUCCUUUACCAACAGAGCUCGGAAAACAUCAAUAAAUGGCUCCUCAGCCACUUCAUCUGGUUGAUGUGCCAACCAGGCUACCACCCUCGUCCUUCCUUUAUAUAGAUCUCUCCAUGCCAUUACAGCUUUAUAGAUGCUAAUCCAUGUGACUAUCAUCCAAAUUGCUUUCUUUUGUAGUAACACUGAACUUGGCUAUAAAAGGCCAGACUAGGUGACAUUCAGGAUGGACGUUAAUGGAAACGCAAGAUUGAAAUGUAAAUUGUUUUCAGAGGACUGAGAAGCUAACAAAAGUUACAUCUUCACCUGUUCUGAGUGAUGUGGAGUUGUUUCUGUCCCCAUCAUCUGGAGUCAGGAGUCUCCAGAAGUCAGUACAAAUCCCGGGAAGUAGUUUGUUAAUCCAGACUAACUCCUCCAUUGCGUUCUCUUCGAUUGUUAUUGUUCUUAUGCUGUUUUGUGAACCUGUAGAAAGCAAGUGCUUUUUCAUCUUGAAAUCCAACAAAAUUGAAAGAAUAUGCAUAGAGAAAUGCAUAUAUGUAGCCAUGUCACUGUGAAUAACAAUUUUUGCGUAUUAGCCAUUUUGAUUCUUAUGUUGCAUCUUUUACUUCUCUGUUGCUGCGCAGAACCGAUCAAAAGAAAAGUAAACUUCAGUUUUACAAUCUGUAUGCCUAAAAGCGGGUAUUACCGUUUUAUUUACUGACUUGUUUAAAUGAUUCGCUUUUGUAAGAAUCAGAUGGCAUUAUGCUUAUUGUACAAUGCCAUAUUGGUAUAUGACAUAACAGGAAACAGUAUUGUAUGAUAUAUUUAUAAAUACUAUAAAGAAAAUAUUGUGUUUCAUGCACUCAUGAUAUGGUUGUUAACUUUCUAAACUGGUUCGACCCUUGCAGAUGCCGCCUGUUUGAGCUUUGCUUGUACUGCAAGAAACACUUUGUGUGUGAGAGCUACAGUAUUGGGAAAGCACAUUCAAGUCUCUGAUAACCCGGAGGCAAUUGGCAAUCUUAAAAGGAUUUUACUGGCUUUGUCUGUUUUUUUUCAAGUGAAAUAUUUUUACUUUACCAAAUGUUGAAGUGAUACAGUGAAGAAAAAAAAAAUCAAGGGACAUGGAAGUCUUUGACCUGUUUGAUAACCUUUUUAUUAUUUGGUGUGGUGGGACUGUGUUUUUAAAAGCACAUGGAAUCAUUAUAGAAGCCAUAAACUAUUUGGUAUAAAGUUUAAGGAACCAGCAAGUGGCUGGAUGAAGGCAUUUUAUCUAAAUUUGUUUUAAUAUAUAUGUAUAUGGUACAGUACUAACUUCAUUAAAAUUUAACAGGUACUUUUCAAUAAAUUGUGGAGAAUGCCUUCUCUUUAAUGGCCUGCAAGUAGGUGCAUUUUAUUACAGGCUUCUAAGAGUGGGUUUUUUUCAGUAGAAGGAACUUUUCCACCAUAAAAUAUGAACAGCCCAGAUACUUUUCAGUUUGUGCUUUGCUUUGGUCGAACUUUGUGUGUGUUCAUCACCCAUCAGUUAUACAUUUGUGAGGGUGUUUAUUCUAUAUGGAUAUUGUUUCAUGUUUGUACGGAAAAAUUGUAGUUAAACAUUUCAUUGUCUCCAGUCUGCAAAAGAAGCACAAUUCUUAAUUGCUUUGUCUUGCUUAUAGUCAUUAAAUCAUUACUUUUGCAUAUAAAUUGCUGUUAUUUGUCCUGCUUGUUUUUAUAGACCAGGUGAUUGCAAAUCCUCCACAAAGUUAUCGCUUAUUGAUGUAUAUGUCUUGUUAAACAAGAGUUGAUAUUUUUUUCUGUAGUAAACAUGUACAGCUCAAUUUCAACAGUAAAAACUUCAGUUUUAUAUACACGAAUAACUUUCAUUUAUAGCUGAUCAAAGAAAUAAACAAAUAAAAGGGAUAAUUCAUUGAAAAGUAGCAAA